AAGAUGCUGACCAAAGUGGAGGUCUGAGGCCAUACCCGUCAUCAGAGUCCCACCACCCUGGUCUGUGGCCUCACCAGAACCCAGAGCAACCCCAGGAGGAGCCCUCGGCCAGCUCUCUACGACAGAUUAAAUUUAACCCCACUGUGCGACACAUCAUGAUUAACGAGCACAAGGAUGUCACGUUUAAUUGCUCCAUCAAAGUACCUCAGGUGCUGCUCCGGCCGGAUGCCCCCAGCAUUUCCCUGUGGAAGGACGGGAGGGAGCUGCACGAGCUGGACCGCAUCGCCACCAGCCACUUCGAGAUCGCCGAUGAGGAUGAGGUGGCAAUGACCUCCACCUUCAGCAUCCUGGCCACCCAGCGCUCGGAUAACGGCUCCUAUGUUUGCAAACUCAACAUCUCAGGCAUGGAGGUGGUGUCGGAUCCGAUCUCGGUGCAGCUGGAAGGGCUCCCGCACUUCAUUCGUCAGCCUGAGAAGCUGAACGUCACCAAGAACAGUCCCUUCAACCUCACAUGCCAAGCCGUGGGCCCGCCAGAGCCCGUGGAGAUCUACUGGUUUCGCAACAAUGUCCAAGUCAAUGAGAAGCCCCACAUCUCCCCAUCUGUCCUGACCGUGCCAGGUCUUAACGAAUCGGCACUGUUCAGCUGCGAGGCUCACAACAGCAAGGGGCUGACUGCCUCCAGCCCGGGGCAGGUCAACGUGAAAGGAAUACCAUCCGCACCCGCCAGCGUGCACGUCCUCAACAGAACAGCCCAUGGGAUCGUGAUAUCCUGGGUGCCGGGCUUUGAUGCGUUCUCUGCCUUGACUAGCUGCAGUGUCCAGGUCAAGGAAGCUGUUCCACGAAGCAACGUCUCACUUCUGCUCUUCAACACCUCGGUGCCUCCCCACGUGUAUCACAUCCAGCAGCUGGGGCCCAUGGCGGACUAUAACAUCCGCCUUUCCUGCAGGAACGAGGUCGGCUGGUCGGCGUUUAGCCCCUGGAUAAGGGCCAGCACCACCGAGGGAGCUCCGACCACCCCGCCGCUGAACGUCACGGUGUCGUUCAACGAAUCCAGCUCCUCCCUGGAGAUCCGCUGGGUGAAGCCGCCGCUGGGGAGGAUCCACGGGGAGCUGCAGGGUUAUCACAUCUGGCACCGGUGGCUGAACUCCAAGGGGUUGCAGAACAUCUCCACCGAAGCCCGGCAGAACGCCAGCAUGGCCAUCCUGCCAGUGGUGGCCACCAACGCCACCUGCUCCGUCCGUGUGGCCGCUGUCACCAAGGGAGGAGUGGGACCUUUCAGCAGCCCAGUGGAGAUCUUCAUCCCCAGCAGCGGAUUGAUAACCUCAGCCCCCUCUUCGACCCCAGCCACCGGGAGCACGGACUCCUUUAUUGUAGCCCUGGGCUUUAUCUGCGGGACGAUUGCCGUGGGGCUGGUCCUCUGCUUGUCCGUGGUCAUCCAGAAAAGAUGCGUUGAAACCAAAUACGGGUAAGCCGAAGGGAACACAGAUGUGGGGGUGCCCGGGGCUGGGCAGGUCGCAGGCACCUACACGGCCAAGAAGUCCUACUGCCGGCGAGCCGUCGAACUGACGCUGGGCAGCCUGGGUGUCAGCAGCGAGCUCCAGCAGAAGCUGCAGGACGUUGUCGUGGACAGAAAUGCCCUCAGCCUGGGGAAGGUCCUGGGAGAGGGGGAGUUUGGGUCGGUGAUGGAGGGGCGUCUCAGCCAGCCCGAGGGCACCCCGCAGAAGGUGGCUGUGAAGACCAUGAAGCUGGAUAACUUUUCCCAAAGGGAGAUAGAAGAGUUCCUCAGUGAAGCAGCGUGCAUGAAGGACUUUGACCAUCCCAAUGUCAUCAAGCUCCUCGGUGUGUGCAUCGAGCUGAGCUCCCAGCAGGUCCCCAAGCCCAUGGUGAUUCUCCCGUUCAUGAAAUACGGUGACCUGCACAGCUUCCUGCUUCGCUCCCGCCUGGAGAUGGCCCCCCAGUUUGUGCCCCUGCAGACGCUGGUGAAGUUCAUGGUCGAUAUCGCCCUGGGGAUGGAGUACCUGAGCAGUCGGCAGUUUCUCCACAGGGAUUUGGCAGCUCGAAACUGCAUGUUACGGGACGACAUGACGGUGUGCGUGGCAGACUUUGGCUUGUCCAAGAAGAUUUACAGCGGCGAUUACUACCGCCAGGGCCGGAUAGCGAAAAUGCCUGUGAAGUGGAUCGCCAUCGAGUCCCUGGCCGACCGCGUCUACACCACUAAGAGCGACGUGUGGGCGUUCGGCGUGACCAUGUGGGAGAUCGCCACGCGAGGGAUGACGCCCUACCCAGGGGUGCAGAACCACGAGAUCUAUGAGUACCUCUUCCACGGGCAGCGCCUGAAAAAGCCCGACGACUGCCUGGAUGAGCUGUACGAAAUCAUGUCUGCGUGCUGGAGAGCCGACCCCGCCGCCCGCCCCACCUUCUCCCAGCUCAAAGUCCACCUGGAAAAGCUGCUGGAAAGCCUCCCC